ACAAACAUUGCUUGCUCCCGAUGAUUGAAUAGAGUGUGUGCUGCGGGCUCAGAGCAGCCUCUCUGCAAACAUGGCUUCUUCUGCUUCUCGCCGCGCAUUGCGAACCCCGCCGCGAUCUACUCGAACCAAACCGCGGAUUUCCUACGCAGAGCCUUCGUCCGACAGCGACCUCGAUGCGGAAGAGGACUAUUCAGACGAUGACAAUGACAAUGACAAUUCGCCCGCACCUCCAAUUAGCAACCGCCCUCGAAGAAAUACAAAACCCAGAGCUUCAGCUAAACGGCAACGUUCUUCCAACCCCCGCUCGGGCGAUGGGCUUGAUUCCGCUCCCAAGAGACGCAAGCAAUCAAAACGUACUUCUCCGAGACACAUUACUGCCAGCUCGACUGAUAUAGACACAAUUAAGACGAAUGGCAUUAUUCCCCCAUGGCAGAGCCUCCCCUACCACAUCUUCGUCCAGAUCUUCCAAUACGCUACCUACCCUCUUUACGAUGACCAUACCUUCCAACCUCUUGCCUCUGGCUCAUGGCUCCUCAAAAUCGCACGUCUAUGUCGAUCAUUUGCAGAGCCUGCCUUCACCGUCCUCUACGCUUCACCUCCUCUCGUCCCAAUGGACAAGGCACACAUGUUGGUGGACCUGCUGAAGAGGGACCCCAAUACCCUGGCAUUCAAGUAUAGGCAGAAGGUUGAAUCACUUCGGAUAGAUGUUGGACAGGUCGCUGCCUAUUCUCUACCAGGGAGCGGACACCUCGAUCUGUUUAGCUUUGUUAAGGAUCUGCCACGAUUGUUCGACUUGGAGUUCUACCAUCAGAAAGACAUGUCCCCAUAUCGAAACCUGGAUGAUACGAUCAAGUGGAGUUACCCAGAAUCGCUAUUCCAGGCGCUCGAGUACAUUGAUCCGAACGCUGACCCCAAGCGGGGCGACAAGACAAGUGUCUGUAAACUGAGGAGUUGGCGUUGGUCAUCCAGAUUGGCUGGGAAGAAGUACCCUAUCGAGUCGAUUCGUGAGAUGCAUCUCAAGCCUUCAUUUGCCAGCCUUCGGAAGAUCGCGUUUGUAAAUUACCAAAUCCCUUUGGUGCGGAAAGGGGAUGAAGAACCCCCCAAGCACGAAAAUAUCCUCGCAGACGCUUUGUCGAUCCUCCCGAACCUCGAGCACUUGAUUUUCGAAUCUUCGACUCUUGUCAAUGCGAAGCUACUUCCUCUACUCCCCAAGAAUUUACGCAAUCUGGAGCUCAUCAACUGUUGGGAGGUUAUCGCCGAUGACUUUGCAGAAUUCCUCCUCACCCACGGUAGUCAACUUCGCUGCCUCACCCUCAAUCACAACCAAUCUCUAAGUCUGUCAUUCCUACCAGUCCUUGGUACAGCAUGUCCAAAGCUUGAGGUCUUCAGGAUGAACCUCACAUACUUCAACCUCCACGCCACGUACCGAGACUCAGAACCGCAAUACGAGCAACUGCUCCUCCCGAGCGAAGUUCCUGCCUGGCCAAGAACAAUGCAAACGAUCGAGCUGAUUCAACUCCGCAAAUGGGAGACUGAAGCAGCAGAGAUGUUCUUCCAAAGUCUCCUCGACAGCGCAGCUACCUUACCUGAUCUUCGCCGAUUGACAAUUCAGGCGAUCCUGAAUAUCGGUUGGCGAGACAGGGCUUCUUUCCGCGAUAGAUGGGUUGGAUCUCUCGACCGGGUAUUCAGAAGAGUUUCCGAACCUCCCCGAAAACAUGUCAGCGUCGCGUUCGAGAAAGACAUCCCGCCGGAGCAGCUCGACGAGCGGGAUGACUCAAACCAAUUACCUCCAACCUCUACCCUCAUAACCAACCGCUCUCGACCCAAGAGCUCAGAAGCAGCACCCACCCGCCGCUCAACACGCACCAGCACCAGACAAGCUCAAACAGGCAAAUACACCGAAAGCCCCGACCAUUCCUCGACCGAAGACAACGACCCGCAACCCUCGCAACGCCAACUCACGCGGCAAAACCGCAUCCAGCGCGAACUCGCCAUCCUCCGCGAAACCGCCGGCACCGAUUCCCCCCUCGCCUCUCUCAGCCCGCCGCAAUCCUCCUCCUCCUCUUCCUCGUCGGAUGCGCACGCGCACGCAGAAAGCGAUCCCGGGAAGAAAGAGCAGGUGAUACAGGGCAUGUGCGAGGUGGUCGAUAUCAGGAUCGAUAAUCUGAGACCGCGCGAGACGCAGGCGACGGAAGCGGAUUUUCUGGACGAGGAGGCGCCCGGGGAUGGCGAUUGGAAUGGGGAGGAUGUGGUGGAGGAGGGGUAUGCGUGGUAGUAGUUUGUUUCCUUAACGUUACUUUACUUUACUUUUCGUUUCGGGAUCAGGAUCAGGAUCAGGAUCUGGGGAUAGGGAUGGGCAUGGGCAUGUGGCGUUUAAGGGAUCGGGGAAAGGUUCUUGUGGAAUGCAAGGUAUGCAUGCAUGGAUGGAUAGUUUGGGUGUUAUAGGUAGGAAGGGAGGUAGACUGACUGACUGACUGACUGUGUUGCUUGAUACAUGAAUUCCUUAAUUACCUACCUUCUCUUCUCUAACCCACCCUACCCUAUUCAUUCAUCAGACCGGUCAAAAGAAAACAAAAGAAAAGAAAAACCAGUCAGUCAGUCAGUUAGUUAGUUAUUGUACAUUAGAAGAAGAAGCACAAUCAACCAAAUCAAUCA